GUGGCGGUGCUGGUGAUGCCGUGGAGAGCCGUGUCCGAGGUGGCGGGGAUCUGGCUCUUCGGCCGCUUCUGUGACACGUGGGUGGCCUUUGACAUCAUGUGCUCCACCGCGUCCAUCCUCAACCUGUGCGUCAUCAGCAUGGACCGGUACUGGGCCAUCUCCAGUCCCUUCAGGUAUGAGCGCAAGAUGACGCGCAGGUUCGCCUUCCUGAUGAUCGGGGUCGCGUGGACUCUGUCCAUCCUCAUCUCCUUCAUCCCCGUGCAGCUCAACUGGCACCGCGCGCGCGUGGACAACCUGACGACGCACAACCCGGACGACUGCAACGCGAGCCUGAACCGGACCUACGCGAUCUCCUCGUCCCUCAUCAGCUUCUACAUCCCCGUGCUCAUCAUGGUGGGCACGUACACGCGCAUUUUCCGCAUCGCGCAAACCCAGAUCCGACGGAUUUCUUCUCUGGAGAGAGCGGCGGGACCGCGCGCGCCAAACCACCGCCUGCACCGCGCGUCCACGCACGACGAAAGUUCUCUGAAAACCACUUUCAAGAGAGAGACGAAGGUCCUGAAGACUCUGUCCAUCAUCGUGGGCGUGUUCGUCUUCUGCUGGCUUCCCUUCUUUGUCCUCAACUGCAUCGUUCCUUUCUGUGACUCGGACGAAGUGGGAGCGCCCCCUUGUGUCAGUGACACCACCUUCAGCAUCUUCGUGUGGUUCGGCUGGGCCAACUCCUCCCUGAACCCAGUCAUCUACGCCUUCAACGCGGACUUCCGGAAAGCCUUCUCCACCAUCCUGGGCUGCAACAAGUACUGCUCCACGUCCACGGUGGAGGCCGUGGACUUCAGUAACGAGCUCGUGUCCUAUCACCACGACACCACGCUGCAGAAGGAGGCGUGCGUGAGCGCGCCGGGCCCCGGGGCCCCGAGGAUCAGCGCAUGCAUGCCGCCGCCUCACGCCGCUGCUCUGCACAACUUUGACGCAGUCUCUGCGCUUUCUGACGAGUCUCAGAAGCUGCAGAGCUCUCUGCUGCCCUCUGUCCUGCAGUACCAAUGUGAGGCGGAGAUUUCUCUGGACAUGAUCCCCUUCAACUCCUCUGGACCCACGGACUGCUACGUUAUCCCGGGUCAAAUCCCGGACCUGUGACAAGACCACG